AUGCAGAAUUCGCUGAACCUGCUCCUUCUUAUAAAUUAUCCGACGGAGAGGUCCUUGGACCGCAGAUAGCCAGAUACUCAUCCUAGGUCAUCUCCACUAAAGGAAUCCUAUUCUGUAAUUCGUUCAGUCGGGAUGGCAGCAAUACUGGGGAUGACUGGUGAAAUUGUGCAUGCCUCGCACCAUUGCAAACUUAAUAAUCUAUUUCAUACUCGAUAUCGUAGGGACAAUUUUGUCCUUGAAAUGCUUAGCAGACGUCCCAUGCAGGGAUUGAAGCUUGCAUACUCUGGCACAUGGUUAGUUCAGUUGCAUUCCUUACCAGCAUAUAAGAUUGCAGACAGAGCAAAUUUUCAUUGCAAUGCUGUUACUAGUACAAGCGAUGUUCCAUUAUCUGAGAAAGUAAACUUUCUAAAACUGCAAAAUGGGAGUGAUAUUCGAGGUGUGGCAGUUGAGGGUGUCGAGGGGGAACCUAUCAGCCUAACGGAGCCUGUUUCAGAAGCAAUUGGCGCUGCUUUUGCUGCAUGGCUAUUAGACAAAAAGAAACCAACUGCAUCAAAGCGCCUCAGGGUUUCAAUUGGUCUUGAUUCACGAAUUUCAGCACAAACAUUGCAGGAUGCCAUUUCUCGUGGACUUGCAAGUGCUGGACUGGAUGUUGUUCAUUAUGGAUUGGCUUCUACUCCAGCAAUGUUCAACAGCACUAUUUCAGAAAAUGAAGAUUUUUUUUGCCCGGUUGAUGGUUCCAUAAUGAUAACAGCCAGCCAUCUUCCUUACAAUCGCAAUGGGUUCAAAUUUUUUACUAAUACUGGUGGACUGGGUAAAACUGACAUUAAAGACAUUUUGGAGCGGGCAAGAAUUAUAUAUGAGAAGUUCUUACCUGAAAGUUUGAAGGAAUCCGUACAAGAUAGAUCUUUAUCUUUUAAAAAGAUUGAAUAUAUGACAGUCUAUACUUCUGAUCUUGUAAAGGCCGUCCGCCAAGCUGCUGGUAAUAUAGAGAAGCCAUUAGAGGGAUUCCACAUCGUUGUUGAUGCGGGUAAUGGUGCUGGUGGAUUCUUCGCGGCGAGGGUGCUAGAACCUCUUGGUGCGGUCACAUCUGGCAGUCAGUUCUUGGAUCCAAAUGGUUUCUUUCCCAAUCACAUUCCAAACCCUGAAGACAAAGCAGCUAUGAAAGCAAUUAUUCAGGCGGUCCUUGAUAAUCAAGCUGAUUUGGGCAUCAUCUUUGACACUGAUGUCGACAGAUCCGCUGCUGUGGAUUCUACUGGUUCUGAGUUCAAUCGCAAUAGAUUGAUAGCUUUGAUGUCUGCUAUUGUGCUUGAGGAACAUCCUGGAACAACUAUUGUUACGGACAGUGUGACUUCAGAUGGUUUGACUACUUUUAUCGAAAAGAAACUUGGAGGAAAGCAUCAUCGAUUCAAGAGAGGAUACAAAAAUGUCAUUGAUGAAGCUAUUCGUUUGAAUUCGAUUGGUCAAGAAACACAUUUGGCUAUUGAGACCAGCGGUCAUGGAGCUUUAAAGGAGAAUCAUUGGCUUGAUGAUGGAGCAUACCUUAUGGUUAAGAUCUUAAACAAACUUGCUUCUGCCAGAGCUUCAGUUUCUACUAGUGGUAGCAAAGUUUUGACUGAUUUAGUUCAGGGCCUAGAUGAACCUGCAGUAGCACUAGAAGUGAGACUUAAGAUAGACCAAAAACAUGCAGAUCUUAAAGGAGGAUCUUUUCAUGAGUACGGGGAGGCUGUUUUGAGAAGUUUGGAGAAUGCAGUCAGUUCUGAUCGUAAAUUGCUGAAAGCACCAAUCAACUAUGAAGGCGUUAGAGUCUCAGGUCAUGGUGGGUGGUUCCUUUUAAGACUUUCACUUCAUGACCCAGUUCUUCCACUCAACAUUGAGGCACCAAGCCAUGAGGAUGCAGUGAAACUGGGACUAUCUGUUCUUGCUGUUGUUAAGGAGUUUCCUGCUCUGGACAUUGCAGCUCUAACUAAAUUUGUGCAGAUAGAUUGAGCUCCUACACUACAAGAAUGUUUUAAAGAAAACCUUCAGUUUACCUGCCUCCAGGUUUGUCUGCUUUAUAUAACUUCUACAUUGCCUAAGCAAAUAAAAUUUCCAAGUUUUUAUCAUAAAAUUUACAUUUUUCAUCCUUUGAUGAUUAUUCCAAGCUAUUCACAGUGCAGACUAAGACCUAAUAAAUCCCUAGUGUAUCUA